AUGCCUUCUCCCUUUCCUGCUGAACUUUUUGAGAAGGCUAAAGCUGUUCAGGAAACAUUGAGUGAAUUAUAUUUCCGUAUAUCUUUGGAUCAUGAUUUCCUCGUUGAUGCUUAUAGAGAUGUUGUUAAAGCUGAUAAAUGGAUAGCUAAACAAAUUGAAUUAAUGGAGAUGGUUAAGAAAGAUGGAAUUCGACAGAAUAUUUCUGUGCAGCUCCAAAGAGCUGAUUAUAUGUCCCAUUGGGAUGAACAACAACACAAAAUGGAGUUGAAAAAUGUUGAAGUAAAUAUUGGCCAAGUUGGAGGCCCAGGUUGUGCCACUUUAAUGUCAAAGCUUCACAAAAGGAUGUUAGAAAAGGUUGGGAAUUUACGUUAUGGACAACCUCUUUCCUCAACUGUUAAUGGAAAAUUGCCAGAAAAUUGUCCAAGAAAGGGAAUGGCUGAAGCAAUAUUACAUGCUUGGAAAUUAUUUGGAGAUAAAAAUGCUGUGAUUGUGUUUAUGAAUCAACCUGAGCUAUUCCCUGUUUGCCAUUUUGAACAGCUACAAUUUAUUCAAUUCGAGCUAGAAGAAUUAGCACGUAAAGAAGGAAUUUAUAUAAAUGUUGUUAGAAUGUCAAUUAAAGAAACAACACAAAGGCUUUGCCUCAAUGAAAGUGAUUAUAUAAUGUAUGCUGAUGGUAGAAAAGUAGCUUUGAUUCAUAUGGCUUAUGGAUAUUUGCCUGAACACUUUCCUAGUGAGAAAGAAUGGAAUAUCCGUUACGACAUGGAACGUUCAAAAACAAUCCUUUCCCCAAAUAUUCGCCUUUCUCUGAGCGGAACAAAAAAGAUUCAACAAGUUUUGGCUAAACCUGGCGUUAUUGAACGUUUUUUGCCUGGCCAAACAGAAAAGAUUGCUUUGUUGCGUUCUACUUUUACUGGAUUAUGGGGAUUGGAGGAAGAUAAUGAAGAAAUUAGAGCCUGCCCCAAAAAAUAUGUAAUGAAAGCACAACUUGGUGCGGGGAAAGGAAAUUAUUUUGAUGAUCAAAUGGCUAAUAUGUUGAGCCGUAUGAGUGUGAAGGAACGUGGGGCAUAUAUUUUACAACAAAAGAUUUGGCCUGUUGUGGCUAAGAAUUACAUGAAACGUCCAUUUGAAAAGCCUACACUUGAAGAUAUAGUUAGUGAGGUAGGAAUUUAUGGUACUUUCAUUGGCAAUCAAGAAAAUGGAGGCAAAGUUCUUUGGAAUAGAGUGGAAGGUUAUUUGGUUCGUAGUAAGGCUCAUAAUGUCAACCAGGGAGGUGUUAGUGAAGGUGGUGGUGUUGUGGAUUCUUUGAUUCUCUUUCCGGAAAAUGAAUUAAAAUAUUAA